GCCACCAUGAGCCGGUGCGCCGAGGCGGCGGCGGUGGCGGCCACCGUGCCGGGCGCGGGCGUCGGGAACGCGGGGCCACGGCCGCCCAUGGUACCCCGCCAAGCGUCCUUCUUCCCGCCGCCCGUGCCCAACCCCUUCGUGCAGGAGACGCGGGUGGGCGCGGCGAGGCGCAUCCAGAUUUUCUUUCUUGGAAUUAUCCUGCUUCCAAUUCGUGCCUUCUUGAUUGCAUUCAUUCUAGUGCUGGCAUGGCCCUUUGCUGCAAUCCCCACAGCAUGUUGUCCUGAAAAGCUGACCCACCCGCUAACUGGUUGGAGGAGGACAGUGACCCUGCCUGUUCUGAAGUUUCUGGCUCACGCCUUGUUCUUUGUCAUGGGGUUCAUGGUGUCCGUGAAAGGCAAGAUGGCCAGCGCCGCGGAAGCACCAAUUUUUGUCGUGGCUCCUCAUUCGACAUUCUUUGACGGAAUCGCUUGUGUGGUAGCUGGGCUGCCUUCCAUGGUGACUCGAAGUGAGAACAUGCAGGUGCCUCUGAUUGGCAGAUUGUUGCAGGCUAUUCAGCCAGUGUUGGUGUCCCGGAUAGAUCCAGAUUCACGAAAAAACACGAUAAAUGAAAUAAUUAAGCGAGCCACAUCAGGAGGGGAAUGGCCCCAGAUACUAGUUUUCCCAGAAGGUACUUGUACUAAUCGUUCCUGUUUGAUUACUUUUAAACCAGGAGCCUUCAUUCCAGGAGUUCCGGUACAGCCCAUCCUUCUCAGAUACCCAAAUAAGCUGGACACAGUGACUUGGACAUGGCAAGGAUAUACGUUCCUUCAACUUUGCAUCCUUACUUUCUGUCAGCCUUUCACCAGGGUGGAAGUUGAGUUUAUGCCUGUUCAAGUACCCAACGAUGAAGAAAAAAGCGAUCCUGUCCUUUUUGCUGGUAAAGUUCGGGCUUUAAUGGCUGAAGCGCUGGGAAUUCCAGUCACGGAUCAUACCUAUGAAGAUUGCAGAUUGAUGAUUUCAGCAGGACAGCUUACAUUGCCUAUGGAAGCUGGAUUGGUAGAAUUUACCAAAAUUAGCCGGAAACUAAAAUUAGACUGGGAUAGCAUUCGGAAGCACUUGGAUGAAUACGCAGCUAUUGCAAGUUCAUCCAAAGGAGGAAGAAUCGGUAUUGAAGAGUUUGCUGAGUAUUUAAAGUUGCCUGUUUCAGAUGUCUUGAGACAACUUUUUUCACUUUUUGACCGGAACCGUGAUGGCAGUAUUGACUUCCGCGAGUAUGUGAUCGGCCUAGCUGUCCUGUGCAACCCCGCCAACACAGAGGAGAUCAUCCAGGUGGCAUUUAAGCUCUUCGAUAUGGAUGAAGACGGCUUAAUAUCAGAGGAAGAAUUCUCCACUAUACUGCAGGCUUCCCUUGGAGUUCCUGACCUGGAUGUUUCUGGGCUCUUCAAGGAAAUAGCUCAGGGGGAUUCUACGGUAUCCUACGAGGAAUUUAAAAGUUUCGCCCUAAAGCAUCCAGAAUAUGCCAAGAUAUUUACAACAUACUUAGACCUCCAGACGUGCCAUGUGUUCUCAUUACCAAAAGAAGUUCAGGCAGCUCCCUUGUUCGCAAGUAAUAAAGUCAGUCCUGAAAAUCAUGACGAGAGCACCUCGGACAAAAAGGAUGACUGAAAACAAAUACGCCCAUGAAGGAAAAUUGGCAGUCGCCUACACUUAACUUGGGAAAGACUUCAUUGAUAGUAUUUCAGAUGUGAUUGUUGCUGAAAUGAUGCUGAAAAAAGCUUGUGUUUCCUUAUUAAAAUGCCUCCAUUCACGUAUAUAUUAAGCAAUAUUUCUUUUCUGUUCUAUUAUACUGUGUUGAUUGGUUUACUGGUACUAAACAUGAAUUGUCCAGUUUGAUUUGCAUAGCCAAUGAAUGAAAAAGUGUGACUUACUUCACACUGUAAAGAAUAUAAAUAUUUUGUAGUCUACUUUCGUCUAAGGAAAUAAAUUAAUAUUAAUCUCUAAUCCCUUAAGGAAAGCCUACCCUUUUAUCCUGAUCUGGAUAUGUAGAACUUUGUCUUAAAGAUAACUGCUAUGACCAAAGGCUAAGUAGGAAUUGCCUUAUUGAAAGCAAUUCAAUAUUGAUUGCUUAAUAAGAAGAUGAAUUGUUUGCCACAAGUUUGGUUUAAUUUGAGCCAGGGAGCAGUUGUCAGAGUGUAGCAUUAGUUGUCUACUAAUGAAUCAGAUUUGCUCUAGUCAUAUAAUAUUUUAUAAUUAACAUACUUUUGUCAUUCAAGUGGGGGUUUCAGAGCUUGUCUGAAACAUCUACAGGGAAAAUGCAAAGAUACCAAAGUUAUAACCAAAAGCCAGGGAAUCCCAAAUACACUUUGUAAAUUGAAUUUAAACAUAUUUAACCCCCAGGUAGGAGUUCGAGAGUGACAUGUUUCCUUUAGACUAAGUGAUAAGUUUCCUCAGUGCCAUUUUGUUGGUUGUCAUGUUUAUUGUACAUCGUUUAUGUAUGAAAUGCUGAAAGAACAAGCAGGUGAAUACUAUGUACAGAAAUAGUUGGUUGAUAGUUGUCCAACCAUAAAAAUAGCCUGAAGUCAGUCUUUGAAUUCAAACUCUUUAUCUUGGGUAUGUUUCUGAAUACAUCGGUAAUUCACCUCCAGACUAGUUUUAUAAAGCCAUUAUGAAGUUAAGGCUUAUGAGAGAUGCUGGAAUUUAUACUUGAUCAAGUCAUGAUUACAAACUCAUUUUAUAUAGUGAGCAAUAGCAUUCUAAUUUUAUAAGAAAUAUGUCUUUGUAUAGUUGUUUACUUAUUAAGCAUUUCAUCCUUAAGUGUGUAAAAUUGUUUUUGCUUCUAUUUAAGGCCACUUAGACAAAGCAUUGAAGGAACUAAAUGCAAUUACUUUUGCAACUGGAAAAGUACAUGUUUUAAAUAACCUCUGUCAUAUGCAGUUGAAUGUAUGUCAUACUCUGGUACCAUGAUUUUAAAAAUCAUAUUAAAGUUACAUUUUAAAAAUUAUGGUCAUCAUGAAAAAAGUAACAUUGUAAAUUUAAAACUUCUGUGAAACUCUUGAAAGUGAUUUCAUUGUUUAGCUGGUUUUAAAGAUUUUACAUUUUUCUAUUCCAUGUCCACCAGUGUAAUAUUUUCUAUCUUGUUAUGUUCCUGAGUAAACAGACUGGCUCCAUGAAGUUCCUAUCAAUUAAAAAAUUCUGGCUUUGCCAUUUUG